AAAUAAUUAUAUUUUAAGACGUAAAAAUAUCUCUUCUCUGUUCAAUGACUUACUUGCUUGAACUUCCAAAUUUCAACAACUCAUAAACCACAUAUCAACGGUAUAGGUUUUACGUAAGCCAUUUUUGCAAGCAUCCUUAUCAGAAAAUAAUCUCAACAAUCUCAACAGACAGUAACAUCUCAAUUAUCAGCACAUCAAGCCAAGGUAUUCAAGAUGGCAUCAAUAGUACCAAGAUUUAGAUGUCUCAAUGCGCCGCCAUUGCGACAGACAUCAAGAAAGAUCCUCGCAAUUCCUACUGCAACUUCACGAUCAUUCGCCACUGAAACAGAUGCGUCCAAGCCGACACCCAUCGCAAAACGACGUCCUACAUACUUCAAAGACCAGAUUAAUGCCGUACCCUCGUUUUCAGAGUUUGUCGGCCUGCCAGAGAAAGCCCUAACACCUGAAGAUGCACUCGAAUUGCGUACCGCGAUGGUUGGGCCUCCUGGAAAGAAGAGGCAAAUUACAAGAUUACCCGAGUGGUUAAAGACGCCAAUUCCGGACAAUUCGAAUUACAAAAAAAUUAAGAAGGAUCUGCGAGGUUUAAACUUACAUACUGUAUGCGAAGAAGCUCGAUGUCCGAAUAUCUCGGAUUGCUGGGGCGGUAGUGAUAAAAGUGCUGCUACUGCGACAAUUAUGUUGAUGGGAGAUACUUGCACAAGAGGAUGUCGAUUCUGUAGUGUCAAGACAUCAAAAGCACCUCCUCCGUUGGAUCCUCACGAACCGGAAAAUACAGCUGAAGCAUUGUCUAGAUGGGGGUUGGGAUAUGUUGUUUUGACAUCUGUGGACAGAGAUGAUCUUGCAGAUGGAGGGGCAAGACAUUUUGCAGAGACAAUUAUGAAGAUUAAGCAGAAGAAAUCUUCAAUAUUGGUGGAGGCAUUGACGGGUGAUUAUGGAGGAGAUUUGGAAAUGGUGAAAUUGGUUGCGGAAAGUGGUUUAGAUGUUUAUGCGCAUAACAUGGAGACUACUGAAGAACUUACACCAUUUGUUCGGGAUAGAAGAGCGAAGUACCGGCAAAGUUUGAAGGUUUUGGAAGCGGCGAAGAAAGCUAAACCUUCACUAAUUACAAAGACAAGUAUUAUGCUUGGAUUGGGGGAAACGGAGGAAGCAUUAUGGCAAGCAUUGAGAGGUAUGAUAUGAUCUUCCGUCUUUUAUUCCUUUCAGUCACUAACAAUCAUUCUUAGAUCUCCGAGAAGUCGAUGUUGACGUUGUUACUUUCGGUCAAUAUAUGCGUCCUACCAAGCGUCAUAUGAAAGUAGAAGAAUACGUUACCCCUGAGGUAUUCGAGAUCUGGCGUCAACGCGCAUUAGACCUUGGAUUCUUAUAUUGUGCCAGUGGACCUCUAGUGAGAAGUUCAUACAAAGCUGGUGAGGCAUUCAUAGAGAAUGUUCUUAAGAAGAGAAAGGGUGUAACUAUAUUGUCUGAUGAAGCUACUGGCAUGGCUAAAGCAAUUGUAUAAUAAUAUCUUGGUCUUAUAAUUAAUACUUCAACGUAUGAUAAGAUGAGAAUGGCGUUUGGGAUAUAUCAUUGGUGGAGGGAAGGUAUAGAUGACAAUUGCAUCUGAUUACCAAGUUAGACAUUUGUUAUAAAUUAUAAAAAAUUUUUUC